AUGGUUCCUAAUCCACCAGUUCUUCAGCCUAGUACUCCUACUAUUGACCCUGACACAACCAACACUGAUAACACUACAACAGACCCACCGGAUAAACCCCUUAUUCCUCCACCCAGCUCUCCUCUUCAGGCUCCUACUGUUCUUGUCCACCGCAGCACUCGUCAGCCCAAACCACCAAUCUGGGUUGCAGAUUAUGAGUGUCCCACCAUUUCAGAUCCUUCAACUCCAUUGUAUCCCACCUCAAACUAUGUGACUUAUGAUCGUCUCUCUCCUAUAUAUAGAGCUUGCAUCAGUAACAUCUCCGCAGAAAGAGAACCCACUAGUUACUCAGAGGUUGUUCAACACUCUCACUAG